AUGGCAAAUCAAUAUUUUGUGCAAGAAAGCGGUUUGCGCGAAUACCCUUCAGAAGAAAUGGAAAGGUUUAACCUGAUCCGAUGGAAAUCGGGGAAAUCGGUUGAUCCAAGGCUGUUUGCGCUGCUGGAAAAGUUCAAGGAAAUUUACAUCGAAAGGCACGAAUUUUUCACAAAAAUAUUCCCGGGGCACCAGUACGAUGAAUUCGCCGAAUUGUUCAAGAAAAUUGCUGGAGUGUCUUCAACAUGGGACGAUGCGAAAGCCCGAACCAUGACGAGAAGCUUGAGCUGUGGGUCACGCCGUGGGGCUAACCAAGGCGACGAAUCGACAUUGCGGCUCGAACGAUUCAAAGUAAGGAUUCUGGAUUUAGGCGGGGUUCCAUCAAGUGGUCAUGGGGAUAAAUAA